AGAUGAAAGCUAAGUCUAACUGCAGGUUUACAUAUCUUGUUUUGAAUAACUUUAACAAGCAUUAUUCUUUUCAGAUACUUUAAGAUUAACAAUCGGUUCGUGUAAGCGGUAAAUGUCCAGCCAAGCUGACAAAAAGAUUCGAAUUCAGAGCUUAAUGCAACAGCAUAGCUCGCAAUCGGGCUGCGGGCUUGUUUUUUGUGUGGCAUAUUUUCCAGAGAACUGUGUAUAUAUAAUAAUUCUUGAACGGUCAAAGUGUAAAAUCUUUUGGAGCCGAAGAAACUGCUAUAAAAAAUAAAAUGAAGCUAACAUCGAGAAGUCUAAGCCUAAGCAGCUUCCAUCCGAUCCAGUCUCUUACUUUUAUACUAACUGCUAUAGAAGGAAGACUAUCUCGAAAGUUUCAUUCUGCUUUAAAAUUGUGAGACUAGUGUUUGCUGUUUGUGUUUAUCAAAGUGUAUAUGCUUUAAAGAAAGAGGAUUCUAAGGAUGCUUGAGGUCGCAGAGACACAGACACAAGCACAGUCAAAAUGAUACCGAUUCUGGAGAAGCUGAGUGGAUUCUACAACUCGUAUGUCCUGGCCAUACUCACCAUUGGGUAUAUACUGGGCGAGCUGGGACACUACCUGAUCGGCGUGACCUCCAAGCAGACUGCCAUCGAACUGGACUAUGGUGACCAUGCCUGCCAACAGAACAACUCCAUGUUCAAUCGUCACGAGCUGCCCACCCAGUGCUCGGCUGUGGGCAACGAGUCCAGCUGCUAUGCCCUCGAUUUCAAUGGGACCGGGUACUGCGAGUGGAACUACAAUGGUCUCGGCAUCGAUUACCAGAUUCUGGCGGGUCCCACCUUCAUCCUGAUCUUCACCAUUGCCGGCGUCUUCAUGGGCUUCGCCGCCGACAAGUACAAUCGAGUCAAGAUGCUGACCGUUUGCACCGUGAUCUUCGGCAUUGCCAUGAUCCUGCAGGGCACCGUCAAGGAGUACUGGCAACUGGUUCUUCUGCGCAUGGUGAUGGCAGCCGGUGAAUCAGGCUGCAAUCCCCUGGCCACAGGCAUCAUGUCCGACAUCUUCCCCGAGGACAAGCGAGCUCUGGUUAUGGCCAUUUUCAACUGGGGCAUCUAUGGUGGCUAUGGCAUUGCCUUCCCCGUUGGCCGAUACAUCACCAAGCUGAACUUCUGGGAUCUGGGCUGGCGUGUGUGCUACUUGGGCGCCGGAGUGCUGACCGUGAUUGUCGCUGGCCUUACGGGUACCACCCUGCGAGAGCCCGAGCGCAAAGCCAUUGGUGAGGGUGAUCGUCAGACGGCCAGCGGCAAGCCGGUAAGCCUGUGGCAGGUGAUCAAGAGCCCUGCGAUGAUUAUGCUUAUGAUAGCAGCCUCCAUUCGGCACUGCGGUGGCAUGACCUUUGCCUACAAUGCCGACCUGUACUACAACACCUACUUUCCGGACGUGGACCUAGGCUGGUGGCUGUUCGGUGUCACCAUUGGAAUCGGUAGUGUGGGUGUCGUCGUCGGUGGCAUUGUGUCCGACAAGAUUGUGGCCAAGAUGGGCAUUCGGUCGCGUGCCUUUGUUCUGGCCAUCAGCCAGCUGAUUGCCACACUUCCGGCCUUUGGUUCCGUGUACUUCGAUCCGCUGUGGGCCAUGAUUACGCUGGGCCUCAGCUACUUCUUUGCCGAAAUGUGGUUCGGUAUCGUCUUUGCCAUUGUGGUGGAGAUUGUACCGCUGCGCGUGAGGUCCUCCACCAUCGGUGUCUUCCUGUUUGUGAUGAACAACAUUGGUGGCAAUCUGCCCAUUCUGGUGGAUCCUGUGGCCAAGGUGUUGGGCUACCGCGGCUCAAUCAUGAUCUUCUACGCCGGCUUCUAUGGCAUCAGUUCCAUACUCUUCUUCAUUACGUGCUUCCUGCUGGACGGCAAGACCGCUGAAGACUCGGUGGAGCCGGAGUCGCCAAAGACCCAUCCGGACGCCGUGCUCAAUGCUCGUCAUAUGCACGGACACGACAACUCCGUGUUCUCCGUGGACGAGACCCUGCCCUCCAACGGACGUCCGGCCCAGCUGCCGCAGCACCUGCAGAUGUCCAGCAAUGGCUACGACAAGUCUGCCCAGCAGGCUCCUUCGGCGCGACAGAACGGCGCCGAGAGCAGUAGACUUUAAGUUAGCUGGUAGUACUCUGUUUUUUUUUUUGCCUUAAUUUGUACUAUUAUUAAUUUUUUAUUUCGUUUAAUCGUACUUAGUACUAAGCAAGAGCGGUCAACGGAGCGGCAGAACGGAGUAGACUUCCGUUUCCUCGCCUGUUGCCGUCCUCUUACACAACCUUUUUAGCGCGAUAAUUGUGUACUUAAUUCCAUAGGCGAUGCACAGUGUCCGUCAUCAAUAAAGAGCUGUUUUGUUAAUUAUAA